AUUUAUAUUUUGCUUAUAGUGUUUCUUGAAUCUGAGUUUUUUUAAGCUUUCAUUGUUUAAAUAACUUUUGUUUUGUAUUUUGUUAUUUGCAUAUUCAAGUGAAUUUUUCAUGAUUUUUUUCGUUUUGAUGAUGGAUUCACUGAUUGGAGUUUCAUGUUUUUGGAUUUAUGUUAUUGUUAAGCCUCUUUGAAGUACAUGUUUUACAUAAUGUUUUGAUACUAUCGUUAUUCCAGUUCAACCCCAUAUAAAUGUUACGGAUUUCGGCUGCGGAUAUAAAAUACUAUGUAACUUUUAGAUUAACGAUAUUCAGAAUACAUAACCUAUAUGUAACUUGAUUUUUAAUAUUUUAACAUAAAAUACUAAUUAGAUGCCUACAAAUUAAUUUUCAUGAUUUAUUUCAAGGUUCGAUUGUUGAAAAUGUUUCAAUUUGUUAUAUUCCCCGACUAUGGGUCUCUGACUAAUGUUUAAGUAGCAUGAUUUGUGUACAAUAGAUGAUUCAACAUUUCUAACAUUUAUGAAGAAUUGUUGUAUUUACAAUGUUAAUCAAAGCCAUCAAUUUUUAUUCAUUUUAAUUAUCUCACUUAGGAAAAGCAGGCAAUAUGGAUUUGUAUGAAGAUAUCUUCAACGAUCAGUCGUUGCAAUUUAGUCCUUUGCGAUUAUCACCGUCACCAGAACCAUUUACUUCGAUCGUGGGUGUUUUACAAGAUCCUCUAGUGGAAGAAACUGAGAAUGUGCGGGAAGAGACUGUUGGUUUAAUCAACAAUUCUGCUAUAAGCGAGGCUAACCCCUCAAGGAGUGCACAAUGCCCAGAUCUAAUCCCACUUCCGGAUACAUUAACACUAGUGCAAUCUCCACCUGAAGUCGAACAACUGCUAUUUUGCAGUCCACAUGGGUAUAUGCAAGAAAACUUGCCAAACAUACAAUCAGAUCAACCAUUUUUGUUCGAUCAAAACAUGUUGGAUGCUUUUCAAGAGCAAGAUGUAUUUACAAUGCAAGAUCAGCAAUUCUUAUACAAUCCACAUGGGUCAUUACAAGGAAACACAAACGGUCAACUAGAGCACCAAUCUUUGUUCAGCCAGAAAACAAUGAAUCAUUUUCAGGAACCAAAUGAUUCUGCAAUGCAAGAUCACAAUUUCGGAUGCAAUCCACAUGGACUUUUACAAGGAAACGCAAACGGACAAUUAGAUCAACAAUCUUUGUUCAAUCAAAAUACGAUGAAUCCUUUUCAGGAACUAAAUGAUUCUACAAUGAUAGGAGUUGGUCAACAAAUCGAGGAAGAAAACAAUGGAUAUGCUCAUCCUGUAAUGACUCAAUCUUUUGGGUUACCAAAUCAUCUCCAAGAGCAGUUUUCAUUACCUUUAUCACAAAGUUACCCAUCAAAUUUAAGGUACCAGAACGGCCUAAUUGAUUCACAUUCCAACAUAUACGACCAGCAACCGCCUCCAUUAGUUCAAGCUAAUAGGGAAGACGAAGCUUUAGUCCCAAGGAUGGUUACAGAGGUGGCUAGGACAUGCCCUCUACAGAAUCAGACUUCUGUGACCCCUCCUCAAUCUCACAUACCGACAAGCUCUACAAGGACAUGCCCUUUACAGAAUCAGAUUUCUGUGACCCCUCCUCUACCUCAAAUACCGUCGAGCUCUACAAGUAGGAAUCAAGGAAACGUGCAAGAGCUACUGAAUAAGCCAUCAUCGGGUGUUAAAUACCCAACCCUCAAAGAUUAUGCACAUCUAUUUCCAAGCACGAAGGCAUUCGCUCCCAUAGAGUUCAACGUUUUGUGGCGUCAACAAGAAAAUAACCCAAGUCGGUUUGAGAGUCGACACAGAAAUGGCCAAAGUCGAUUAUUUGAGCGUAACGUUUUUGGGCGUCGCCAAAGAAAUGAUUCAAGUGGCAUUGAAGAUGUAGAAUCAUCAUCUGCUGCUCAGCGAAGGAGGACCGUCUCGCCAAAAAGAAAUGUUGAUUUAACUGCAGACGACCUUGGUGAUAAAAGGCUACAAAAUAAAUUAUAUGAUCCAUUGUAUGAAAGCCUCGGAUUAAAAAUUGAUCCUCACUUGAGAGUUUUCUUCCCACCCAAAAGAAAUGUUGGUAGAGGACCAAAAGAAAACCAGCGACGGCAAGAACCGGAUGAGAGACCACCGUCCACUGGCAAAAGAGAUCGGAGACUGAUUUAGGAACGUUCCCAAAAUCCGACGAAGGCUCAUCACCAGCGGUUAUGAGAGGAGAACUUUGCGCUACUCUACUCAGCCAACUGUGCAUUGAGGAACUGUAUUCGCUCUCUUUCCCCUAAAUAUUUAUGUUUCAAAUAGACUAUAACUUUGGAACUUUGAAAAUUUACUAAUUUAAGUUUAGAAAAAAAAAGAUUUACUAAUUUAAUAUUAACUAGUUAUUUUGUGAAAUUAUUCUUAGUGCAUGUGUUACCCAAAAAAAAGUGUUGCAAAACAUAUUCUUAGUGCAUAAUCUUCUUUUUAAAAUAAAAUGAU